AUGCUUUCACACACUGUACCACUCCGAAAUUGCUCGGCAAGGUACGAGCAUUAGCUCAGUUACAGCAGACUCCAGAGGUGAAGAUCGGUGUGAUGAGGUCUUGACCUCUACUGUAAGUGGGGUACGUUGUACAUUUAUCCUAUUCUGGAGCCCGAAGCUCUUAGGAAUGAUAAAAGGUCACCUACAAGGCUACGACUCCAUUGUACACCCUCUUAGCGGGCUUGCAGACUUGGAGAACCUACCUUCAACGAGAUGGCUACGCCAACAGUUUCAACCUUCGUUGGCUAUGUGAUCCUGCAGCCCAUCAUCGUGGCGAUGAGCACUGCUGUGCUCUCUGCCUUCCUGUCCUAUGAAAUCGCUGGACAGAUUGACUGGAGGCCGAUCACUGUAUGCUUCACAUGUGACUUUCUUACUGUCAGUGUCGACCACCUGAAGGAUCAAGAAGUUGACAUUGGUGCCCUGGGUGCGGCUGCCGUGAAGCGGUUUACCCCCCUGUUCCAUCUUUCCCGUAUUCUUCUGGCGUUAAAUGCGUCGCUGCUUGUGAUGGCUUUAUGUCGAAGUCCAUCAGAAGUGACAUUCACCACCGCAUUUUUUACUGCUCCCGCUUUUCUGUGGGUGACGCCGCUUGAUCUUCAGUGGAUCGACAGGGUAUUGAAGAGAUUCAUACGGGCAAAUCAUGAUCAAGAAGUAGAAUAUGAUUCAACCAGAUCCAAGAAACCAUUCAUCAUCAAACGAGUUCCUGGCGUAAAGGCUAUAUUGGAUGGUAUCAUUCGGAGUUGUGGGCCAUUCCUCGUCGUCCACUCAGCACUGCAGGUAUCAUGGCAAUCAGCCCAUAAUGCGCCUCCAUGGACGAUCAUUGAGACUAUGAUUUGGUCGAUGGUCAAUCGCAUUUGUCAUUGUAUUAUGGCUGAUUUGCGUGACUAUGACGAGGACAAGAAGACUGGAAUCCCGACCAUACCUAUCCUUCUGGGGUGUCCCCUUACCCGAAUAGUCUUGACUGCCGUUCAAGCAGUUGUUAUGAUGGCCUUCCUCCACAAUCUAUUCAUUGUAGGGAGUUCCUGCCUCGCAAUUGCUCUUGUUUGGAUUCUAGAGAAAGAUUCUCCGAAAGCUCACUUCCGUCUCAGUCUUCAUUCACAGUCGAUAUUCAUUACGAUGUACGCUGUUAUGUUCGUUUUGCUCUAGAACAUCUGUAACGCUCGCUAAAAGCCAUCGUCCAAUAUUGGUUACCAAUACCAAUAUUCUCGUUGGCAGCUGUUGGCACGCACUUAGCUCUAUCCCAUUCUUUUUCUCUCUCUCUUAUUCCAUCACAUUCCUUACUUUACUCUACAGGAUAUAAACUUUAAGUGCGUUGAUAUAUUGAUAGAGUAGUUGAC